GGGAGGUGGAGGAAUGUUUGCAGAGACGGGUGGGGUUCCCAGAGUGGAUAAAAACAUAAUUUUGCGGUGAUUAGAAAGCAUAUGAAGGAAGCAUUAAAUCGUUCCCGGGAACUUCACAAUGUGUGAGUAUGAAUCGCUGGAGAGGACUCUGGAGAAGUACAUCCCCCCAGAUGAACUAAAGGAGGUCCAACGGAUCUUAAUGGGAAAUGGUUCCAGGGAGCUGGAGCUGCCGCGGUGCGCCGUGGAGGCCGCUUCGGCGCGGAACUUCGAGCUGCGGGGCUGUGCGUUCGGAGCCGCGCCGGAGCAGCUGCGGCAGCCGCGAGUCGUACGCGUGGGCCUCAUCCAGAAUGCCAUCGUCCUGCCCACGAGCGCCCCGGUCCUCCAUCAGAUCGACGCCCUGCACGGACGAUUGGCCGACAUAGUGGAGGUGGCGGCCAUGUGCGGGGUCAACAUUGUCUGCUUCCAGGAGACCUGGACCAUGCCCUUUGCUUUCUGUACCCGAGAAAAGAUGCCGUGGACAGAGUUUGCAGAGUCUGCAGAAGAGGGACACACCACCCGCUUCUGCCGAGAGCUGGCAAAAAAGUACAACAUGGUGGUCGUGUCGCCCAUCCUGGAGCGGGACGAGGUGCAUGCUGGGACACUGUGGAACACGGCAGUCGUGAUCUCCAACUCAGGCAGUGUUCUGGGCAAAACACGCAAAAACCACAUACCAAGGGUUGGCGAUUUCAACGAGUCCACGUACUACAUGGAGGGCAACACGGGACACAGGGUGUUCUGCACGCAGUUUGGGAGGAUCGCGGUCAACAUCUGCUACGGUCGCCACCACCCACUCAACUGGUUUAUGUACAGCAUGAAUGGAGCGGAGAUCAUCUUCAACCCUUGCGCCACCGUCGGAGAACUCAGUGAACCCAUGUGGCCGAUCGAGGCACGCAACGCAGCCAUUGCCAACCACUGCUUCACCUGCGCCAUCAACCGCGUCGGCACGGAGUAUUUUGAAAAUGAAUUCACCUCUGGAGAUGGAAAGAAAGCUCACCGGGACUUUGGCCAUUUCUACGGCUCGAGUUACGUGGCAGCCCCCGACGGCAGCCGCUCCCCAGGCCUCUCUCGGACCCGCGAUGGGCUCCUCGUGGCAGAACUGGACCUCAAUCUGAACCAGCAAAUCGCCGACAGGUGGAGCUUCAAGAUGACAGGAAGGUACGAGGAAUACGCAAAGGAGCUCUCCCAGGUGAUCCAGGAAGACUUCAGGCCCAACGCUGUCAGAGAGUGAAGCCUCAUCCUCUCUGUUCCUGUCUCUUCGGUGCAACAUGUAAACCUCCAGUGACAACAGUGGAGUUUUUCUUAUCAUCAGCAGAAAUGGACAGGGUCAUUUUCCAUAUUUUAGAGAAAAAUUACUUCCGUAUUACCACUCAUUGAUAUAAUAAACAGAUGGAAUCAUAAA